AUGAUCCGAAAACCAUCAACAAUCAAGCGAACAAAAGGGAUUAAUCCCGCCGUGUAUCGCUCGCUCUUCCCAAAAAACUGUGAUGAAAGAAUGAAGUUUGACGUCCACACCGUUCUCGGUAUUAUCUUUAUAACGAACUCUUUCCGUCUCACUAAACCACACAACCACCACAGUCGAUCCAACCCGAACCACGAAUCCCUCUUAAAAUCUUUGAGAACUGACAUAAUCGCCGGAAGACAUUGGGAGAGGGGCCCAGAAUCUCUCGCCCCGGAAGGAAACCACCACCAUUUGAGGCACCACCACGAGGACAUCUCUUGGCCGGUAAAGAAGGAAGCUGUGGUGGAGGGCGACUUGAUUCUAGGCGGUUUGAUGAUGGUGCACGAGCGAGAGGACUCGGUGACUUGCGGACCUGUCAUGCCCCAGGGCGGGAUCCAAGCUCUGGAAACGAUGCUGUAUACUCUGGAUAGGGUCAAUUCGGCGGAUAGACCUAUUUUGCAGGAUAUAAAGCUGGGAGCGCAUAUUCUCGACGACUGCGACAAAGACACGUACGGGCUGGAGAUGGCUUUGGAUUUUAUUAAAGGUUCCAUCAGCAAUAUCGACGAUGCGGAGUAUCACUGUAACAAAACGCAAGUGAGAAAAGUAAUAUCUGGAGUCGUGGGUGCCGCCUCCAGCGUUACUUCCAUCCAAGUCGCUAAUCUUCUACGACUCUUCAAAAUUCCACAGGUGUCAUUUUUUUCAACAAGUCCAGAACUCAGUAACAAACAGAGAUUCGAAUACUUCUCCAGGACGAUACCCUCAGAUCACUAUCAAGUGAAAGCCAUGGUCGAUAUCGUCAGAUUGAUGGGAUGGAGCUAUAUCUCUAUCAUCUAUGAAGAAUCCAAUUAUGGAAUAAAGGCUUUUGAAGAACUAGAAGAUCUGCUCGCGAAAUUCAAUAUAUGCAUCGCCAUAAAGGAGAAGUUGGUGAAAGAUUCAGGAGUAGCUAGGGAAUCUGCGUACGAUAAUAUCGUACAAAAAUUAUUGACUAAACCGCGAGCGAGAGGUUGCAUAAUCUUCGGAUCCGAUCAGGAAGUGGCGGAACUGAUGAAGGCCAUCCGCAGAUGCAACGCUACUGGAUAUUUCUCCUGGAUCGGUUCUGACGGCUGGAGCGCCCGAUCCCUCGUUUCCAGAGGAAAUGAGGCGGAAGUGGAGGGAACGUUAUCGGUCCAACCCCAAGCGAGAGAAAUACGCCACCCGACCAACCCGACCCAGUGCGUGAAAUGCCCCCAAGGCACGGUCCCUGACCCGCAGCACACCAUCUGCCUGCACAUCCCCGAGGAGUACCUGCAAGUGGACAGCGGUUGGGCCAUCGGCGCCAUGGCCUUGAGCUCUACGGGCAUCCUCACCACCUUCGUAGUCCUCGCCAUCUUCAUGAAGUACAAUGAGACGCCGGUGGUAAGGGCCUCCGGCAGGGAGCUGAGCUACGUGCUGCUCAGCGGGAUCCUGAUGUGCUACGGGGUCACGUUCGCCUUGGUGGUGAAGCCGAGCGAUGUCGUUUGUGGGAUCCAGAGGUUUCACGAUGUAUACGACAUGCGUCAUUUGGCUGGCAUUCGUUCCACUUUAUUUCGGAACAGCGAAUCACGUAGCCUUAAGGAUAACAAGCCUUUCAGUUACAAUAAGCCUUUCAGCCAGCGUGACGGUUGCCUGCUUAUUUUCGCCGAAGAAAGAAACAUCAGACAGAGUCUGAUGCCGAUGAGGUACGGUGGGUUCAACAAGACCUCGACAAAUACAAACAUGAUGGCUGCCAUCAUGGUAACAGCAGUCACUUGCGAUCAACAGCAAAAUGUCGAGAAGCAUGUUACACCUGUUGACGAAUUGGAAACUGAUAUGUAUCUCAAAGAACCUCACACCAAAGACAGUAGCACUCAAACCUCUUCUGAUUUGGGGAGCAAUAACACGAAUAACUCCCUGGAAGUAUCUCCAAGAGUAAACAACAUUUUCAAUAUCGGAAAUGGAUCGACCAAUUCUCUUCCGACACCAAAAAUUGGGGGAGGCCCUUCAUAGUGAACAUGUGAUAUUUAAACAAGUAAUAUAACUGCACAAGUAUGAAUCAUACAUUUUUUAUUAUCUUAAAUGGUUGUGGAAGAAGUUGGAUAUAUGAAUAAUAAAUUAAGACUGUUCUGGAUGAAUAAUAAUCUAUAGUAGUUAUACUGAUGAAUGUUUUCCAUAUUUAUUAAUAGGAUUAAGUAAUAAAUGUAAGUUGUGAUAUUUACGGAAUUCAUACAGGGGUGUUGAAGUAAUUGAUCUCAUAGAAUAACUUAUAUUGCUGGUGAAUCUAAGCGCUCAAUUUGAUUUGAAAAGUACAAGAUGAUUUGUUUGAAAAAUGAAAAUGAUAUGUUCCAUUGUUAUAUUUGUGCUUCAAGUGAUGAAUAAAUACAAUGUUUUUAU